AUGGCAGACACUACCGAGCCCAAUCCAGUCGUCUUCUUCGACAUUACCCUAGGAGGCGAGAAGCUGGGCAGAAUCAAGAUGGAGCUGUUCAAGAAUAUCGUUCCUAAGACUGCCGAGAAUUUUCGACAGUUCUGCACGGGCGAAACCAAGAACAAUCGCGGACAGCCCCAGGGCUACAAGGGCUGCAAAUUUCAUCGUGUCAUCAAAGGCUUCAUGAUCCAAGGCGGAGACUUCAUCAAUGGCAACGGUACAGGCUCAAGGACCAUUUACGGCACAGAGAAAUUUGCCGAUGAGAACUUCACUCUGCAGCACGACAAGCCCGGUCUGCUGUCAAUGGCAAACAGCGGGCCCAAUACCAAUGGCUGCCAGUUCUUCAUCAUCACCGCUAAGAACGGUACUCCUCAUCUGAAUGGAAAGCACGUAGUAUUCGGCAAUGUGGUAGAGGGCAUGGAUGUAGUGACCAAGAUUGAGAAUACGCGGACCCUCGCAAACCCAGAGGGGAAGCCUGUGCAGGACAUUGUCAUUGCUCAGUGCGGUGAAAUGUAA